UUAAUACCUGUGAAUAGUUUCAAAUGGAUAAUUUUAUGAGAAAUAUUUUAUUGGAAGAAAUAUUAAAUGACCCAGUGGAUAAUAUCGAUAAUUUACUGAAUCAAUAUCCCAUACAAGGUAUGAAUAACAUAAUGAAUGAUUUAAACGAAGUUAUGUUUGCUUUUGAAGACGAUGGAGCUGAUGGGUUAAGGAUUAAUCCACGGAAUAACGGUCUAGUAGGAGUGCCAAAUUAUUUCGAGGAUGUUAUACCUUUAUACACUGAUAAUCAGUUUUAUUCUCAUUUUCGAAUGUCCAGAGAAUCGAUAGCUGAACUAGAAAAUAUAAUAAGACCCCAUGUACUUGACGUUAACCACAAUAUGCCUUUACAAAAAAAAAUUUUAUUAACAAUCUGGAUUUUAGCAACUCCAGAAAGUUUCAGAUCAGUUGCUGAUAGAUUUGGUUUAUGUAAAACAAUAACAUAUUCAGCUUUCAAAGAAAUUGUCCAUAUUUUAGCAAAUCUUUUGCCACAGUUUGUUCGUUGGCCAGAUGCUCAGGAGUGCGAAGUAAUUGAGGCGGGUUUUCGUUCUCGCCGAGAAGCGUUUCCGGGAAUAAUUGGAGCUAUUGAUGGCUGUCAUAUAGAAAUAAUACAACCUCCAGGAAAUGCUAAUGAUUAUUACAAUCGGAAAGGAACUCAUUCAAUAAUUUUGCAAGGUACAUGUGAUCAUAAUGGUAAAUUCAUCGACGUUUUAAUUGGAAGACCAGGAAGAGCACACGACGCAUCAGUUUUUAGAACUUCUACUCUGUAUAAUCGACUAACUAGUGAAGAUCCUUUGUUGCCUCCUAAUCAACAUAUACUUGGUGAUUCCGCUUAUCCGCUAAUGCUCAAUGUUUUAACACCGUUUAAAGAUAACGGGCAUCUUAGUCCUCAGCAAAUUAGAUACAAUGUUAAGCACGCAUCAAUACGUUCAAUUAUUGAGCGAGCUUUUGGUUUAUUAAAAGGGAAAUUUCGCCGAUUACGAUAUCUAGAUGUUAAAUCUGUAGAUAUGGGAAUAGUUGUUAUUUCCGUAGCUUGCACUCUCCAUAAUUUUCUAUUAAGUCGAGGAGAUGCCAACAUUGGUGAUUUUACUGAACUAGAAGCAGAAGUUGAAGAAAAUCAAGAUGCGAACUUGGAUGCAAUUAAAAAACGUUUUAAUAUAAUGAACUCAUUUUAAAUUACACAAUUAUGCUGAUAACGUUAAAUUUAUCAAUAAAAAACAAUAAUGGAUAAAAAACGGUUUUGUAUGGUUUUACAAAUUUAUUUCAAAUUUUUUUUAAUCAACAUAACAUUUAAACUGUAGAUUUAGUAUAAACAAUGAUAGAUAGCUAUUUCUCUUAUAUUAUGAAUAAGUAAUAUAAAUCUUAACGAUAAUUUAAAUAAACAAUCAAUGAAAUAAUUGAAAUAUAUAUUUCUUUUAGAACUUGUCAUACUCAUAGAUCUCUUUUUUUAAAUAUUAUAUAUAAAGCUUGUCACGAGUUAGAACACUAUAAAUAUUUCUUUGCACGUAUUAAUUGCAAUCAAAUAUACUUAACUAUAUAUACCAGUAGAUAUUUAACAUCACUCAUUAUUUCUAUUUGAAUAAGCAGUCUUUUUUCUUAUUUGAAUCAUCUAUAAAUUUGUUAUAUAAUAAAAUUUAUAAAGAAAAUAAUCAAAAUCAAAACUGCACUGGGCAAAUUAAAGAAAUUAUAGUUAAUUACAGGUAUAUUUUAGUACCAUGUCAUAUAAUCCUGUAACGAGCUUUUUUUAAGUACUUCUUAAAGCUUCCUAUCAAAGGAAGUAAUAUCUUCGUGCAUAGAAUAACAAACAAAUUCUAAUUCUAUAUGAUAUACUAUCUAUACCAGUAGAUAAUGAACAUCAGUCAUUUUCUUUGUUUUCAGAGCAGUCUUUUCUUACAACUAAUAAUAAUUACGACUACAAAUUUUUAUACUUGGGUACUUUAUAGUCUUAGAAUAUUAAUAACUCUUUCUUAUUAA